UGUGUGUGUGUGUGUGCACUCCACAGCACCUCUAGCGGUACGGCGGUAUGAGAGAAAUACAUACCCGUUGUAGUUUCCCCUAUAGUAUACUGCCCAGCACUAUGAUAAUGUGAUGACGGUAACGCGUAUCACUGUCAACAUGUUUUAUUUUCUUUGGAAAGGCAAAUAAUUUCUCAAAAGUUUAACACAAGUCAAUAGAGGGCACAAUGGUGGAGCUCAAACACAAGUUUCAUUAUCACCACGGCAACCAAGCACCGCAUUCUAAUCGUGAUGUCACAAUCCAGUGUCACUGUAAAGAACUGUAAAUUCUAAAGCCUCACAUCUCUCCUCAGUUCACCGAAGAAGAAGCAGCAGAACUGUGCAGCUCGUUACAGUGAAGUUUAAUUUAUUUAAUUAAUUAGCUUUAUUGUGAGAAACGUUUCUUAGAAGAAGAUGGAGGAGUCUAUAUUCAGACAAAAAAAGAGGAAGAGAGAAGAAGAGGAGGAUUUGCCGACGGUUCCACAGCAAACGGACGAUCCUAAAAUCAAAUCCCCAGAAAGGAAGAAAAAGAAGGCAGAGAAAAGACAACAGCCCAGGAAACAAAAGUAUAGAAAUAGGAGAAGAAGGCCUAAACAGCCAAAGGUCAACAACAAGCCAGUUUCCACAGAGAACUACGAAUCUCUCUACACUGUUGGAGAGAGACUCGGAGAAGGAGGCUUUGGAGUGGUCUUCGGUGGAACACGCAUUUCUGAUGGCCUACAGGUGGCCAUUAAAUUCAUCCCAAAACAGGAGGACGACCGAUACUUCAAAAGCCCUCAUGAUUCCAGGUCCAUUCCAAUAGAAGUGGCCCUGAUGCAAAAGAUGAGCGAGCCACCUGUUAAAAACAUCAUUCAACUCAUCGAGUGGUUCGAUGAGCCUGAGCGCUAUAUUUUGAUCCUGGAGCGUUUUUAUCCUUGCAUGGACCUGAAUGGCUUCAUUCAAACCUACGGAGGAUCUGUCAGUGAACAGAUGGCAAGACAUUUAAUGAUACAGGUAGUGGAGGCGGUGAUCGAGUGCCAGAAGCGAGGUGUCUUCCACAGAGACAUCAAAGUUGAUAAUAUUUUGAUCAACACGGACACUUUGAAGCUCAAACUGAUCGACUUCGGCUGUGGUGAUUUGAUCAGAAGAUACGGAUAUAGUUAUUUUGAGGGCACCUUGGAAUACUGCCCCCCAGAGUUUUUUUUAAAAGGGAGGUACUGCGCCAUUCCUGCAACCGUAUGGUCUUUAGGGGUGAUGCUGUUCCAGGUUGUCAGUGCAUCCUUUCCAUUUAAAGAUGAGGACGAGAUCCUUGGUGGUCAGCUCAACUUUAAAGAUGGCCUAUCAGAUGAAUUCCAUGAACUGGUUAGGUUGUGUCUGCAGGCCCAGCCAUCCUCAAGACCUAAUUUGCAGCAGAUCCUGGAUCACAAGUGGUUCAAGUCCAGCUUCCCAGCCCAGGAACGGUUUUGCCAGUUUUUAUAGAGAAGAAAAAGUAAACGGCAAUCACUACAGCGGAAAAAAUAUGAAAUGCAAUGCACACAUGACUUACAUUUUUUCAUAGAAACAAAAUAUGUGCCAAUAUGAAAAGCAAAAACAAUUGUCACGUUGCAGUACUCUAUGUACACUUUUAAUUUACAUUUUCUUUCAUACAGAGAAAGUGGACUGUAGUAGUUCUAGUUCACAAGAGCUGAGCUCCGGUAAGUAAUUUGAUGUAAAUGUAAAUGGUUCUGUAUGUAAAAUACAUGGACUGCAGGUUUACUGUUAAAAUAAAUGAAAUCACAGUGUUCCUGUUUUUAUACAGUCAUUGGUUACAACAAAAUGUUAUGUGCAUUCUGUUUCAAAGAUGAGUUUAUGUUCAAUACUUCAAGGGGCAAGUCAGUAAAGCAGUGCCCCAAUUUAAUUCCACAGAUUUUUUACACACUGAAGUCAAGCAGUGUAAAACAAAUGUAACACUGGUUUUGUUUUUUAUUUUGGCACAAAUUCUGCAUGCUGGUAGAUGAGAUAUCUGGUGUCGACCAGAGGAGGAUGGGUUCUUCUUUUGAGUCCUGGUUCCUCUCAAGGUUUCUUCCUAUUUAACUGAGGGAGUUUUUCCUUGCCGCUGCCGCCUUCAGCUUACUCAAAAGAGGCUCGGACCCUGAUAUCUGUAGAAAUGUCAUGUGUACAUUGUUGCGUUCAUAUGGUGGUCGGGAGGUGACGCUCGUGCCGCUUGGGGCCGGCGGGAGGUUACGGGCGGGCCGCGGAGCAGUGUUCACGACUCUGGGCGUGUGUAGGUACUGUCUCACAUAUCUCCCCGGCUAUGGUGCUACGACAGGAUGGCGUCUUCCCUCCGGGCUCCUGCCCGUCUCUGGGAAUCACGGGUGUGGGGUAGCUUCGGUCAGCACCUAGAGUAGUUAGAAACUGGUUGCUUCUGUUGGAUUCACCAGUUGACCAAUCAUGCUUUAGAGGGAGGACAGGACUGCCUAGCUCAUUAACAUACAAAUGCAGAAAUACAGAAAUAAAUAAAUGAAUAAAGAAAAGUGGAAAUAAAUAAGUACAUGGAGAAAUUAGGAAAUAAAUAAAUGUAGAAAUAGUAAAACAAAUCUUUAAAAUUAAUGUAUGUACUAAUUAAUUCAUUAAGCUAUGCAAUUAUUUAUGCACAUAUUUAUUAAUUUAUAUAUCUAUAAUUUUUUAUGUGCAUUUAUUUAUUUAUACUCAUGUCAUUGCCAUGGGAUAGUUAGAUCUGUGCACUCAGCUUAGGUGCAGGGAAUGGGUUGUUAGCUGCAACACUUUCUGUAUUAGUUCAUGUUUUUUUUCCAUUCUAGUGAUUGCUUUUCAAUUUGGCACUAAUUCAUCUCUAUAGACGUUACAGAAAAUAAAGCAAAUACAGAAAAUAAACACUAGUCUCUGAGUUUUACAUACAAGACAUAUGCAGCCUCUAGUUAAAUCAGUGACAUGACUUCU